UUCCAGUAAGAUAAAAUGCCCGCUUUGAAGAGAUUAUUACUAUUACUCCCCACAAUAUUACAGAUAAAUUCUGAAAAACCCUUAUGAUUAUCAAGAUUUUUUUCCUUAAAUUUGCUUGUUUUUGAUUUCAUACUAGUUCAGAUUUCUGAUGUCUGUUGUACCUAGUUGCCAAAUCUACCAAACAAGCUUCUUGGAUUCAUUUCAGACCACAUCAUUAUCAAGAUUUAGUGGCUAUCCACUGCAAUUUGCAAGGUAUGGUUCAUCAAUUUCUUCGAAAAAACUUUACUUGAGUAUAACCCAGAAUUCAAUUAGCUCAAAUUCUGUUCCUGAAAGAAACCCACCCAGGAAUAAUUCUCAAAAGACUGCGUCUAAUGGUGGAUUGUCUAAUAAUGAGUGGAACGAAACCCACCAUUCAAAUACUAUAAAAAGACCUCAGGGUUAUAAAAAUAGUGGUGGGUUUUCAAGCGAAGAUGAUGAGAGUAAUACUAGCACAAGUACUGCUGGUAGUAGUACAAUGGAAAAAAUUGUAGAGAAACUGAAGAGAUUUGGAUACGUUGAUGAUUCUAGUGAGAGAGAGGGGAGGAGAGUGCCAGAGAGAAGUUCAGUAGAAGAUAUUUUUUAUAUUGAAGAAGGGACAAGAGGUGGGGCUUCUUCACAUACUCCUUUAGAUGUUGAGAAUUAUUUUGGUGGUAAUGGAGAUAUUAGAUUUCCAUGGGAAAAGCCUAUGAUAAAAGAAGUGGAGGGAAAUUCGGUUCGAAGUAAAAGUAGGACAUCCUUAGCUGAACUAACACUUCCUGAAUCAGAAUUGAGGAGGCUGAGGAAUUUAGCAGUUAAAACUAAGUCGAAGAUAAAAGUUGGAGGUGCUGGUGUUACUCAGGCUGUUGUGGAGAAGAUUCAUGAGAAAUGGAAGAGUUCAGAGAUUGUAAGGCUCAAAUGCGAGGGUCCUCCGGCGCUUAAUAUGAAAAGGUUGCAUGAGAUAUUAGAGAGGAAAACUGGUGGUUUGGUGAUCUGGCGUUCAGGCAGUUCUAUUUCUUUAUACAGGGGAGUGAGCUAUGAGCUUGCUUCGGAGCAUCACCAAAAAAGGAAAAUUCAGAGUCCUAGCAACAUUGACAAUAACUAUUAUGCACCAGUUGCUGAGGGUAAUACUAAGCAUCAGAUACAACGUGUCUCUAAUUUUAAUACCCAGUCGGGCAAAGUAUGUUCGGAAGUUGGUGAGAUAUCAACUGUCAACCCAGUGCCAGAAGUGAAGUAUGAACAUGAAAUUGACAAGAUAUUGGAUGGGUUGGGACCACGAUAUACAGAUUGGCCUGGACCCAAACCACUACCAGUAGAUGCUGAUUUGCUCCCAGGUGUUGUGCCUGGUUACAAACCACCUUACAGAAUACUUCCCUACGGGGUGAGAUCUAAUCUUGGACUUAAGGAAGGUACAGCCCUCCGACGGCUUGCCAGAGUCCUUCCUCCACAUUUCGCUGUAGGAAGAAGCAGGCAACACCAUGGACUGGCAAUGGCCAUGGUCAAGCUGUGGGAAAGUAGUUCGGUUGCAAAGAUUGCUCUGAAGCGAGGUGUGCAACUUACUACUAGUGAGAGAAUGGCUGAGGAUAUCAAGAAACUUACAGGAGGUACAAUGCUUACUAGAAACAAAGACUUCAUUGUGUUUUACCGAGGAAAGGAUUUCUUAACCCCAGACGUGACAGAAGCACUAUUAGAAAGAGAAAGAUUGGCGAAGGACUAUCAAGAUGAAGAGGAGCAAGCACGGUUGAGAGCCUCAUCGUUUUUCAUUCCUAUUACUGAUAAAACUUCAGGAUCUGGGGCCACUGGUACACUUGGUGAAACAUUAGAAGCUGAUGCCCGGUGGGGGAAGAGGCUAAAUGACACCGAAAGGGACAAAGUGUUACAAGAGGCAGAAGUAGCACGACAUGCAACCCUUGUUAGAAAGCUUGAUUCCAAGCUUCGUUUGGCUCAACGGAAGUUGGAUAAAGCUGAAAAAGCUUUAGCUAAGGUGGAGGAAUGCUUAAAGCCAGUAGAGCAACCAACUGAUCAAGAAAGCAUAAGUGACGAGGAGAGAUUUAUGUUCCGCAAACUCGGUUUAAGAAUGAAAGCGUUCCUACUCCUUGGGAGGCGAGGUGUCUUUGAUGGUACAGUGGAGAAUAUGCACCUACACUGGAAAUACAGGGAGCUUGUUAAGGUUAUGGCAAAGGCUAAAAAUUUUGAUCAGGUCAGAAGCUUAGCAUUAGCUUUAGAGGCUGAGAGUGGGGGUAUCUUGGUUUCAGUUGACAAAGUUUCAAAAGGGUACGCCAUAAUUGUCUUCCGAGGAAAAGACUAUCAUCGUCCUGCUACUUUGAGGCCUAAGAAUCUGUUGACGAAAAGGAAGGCUUUGGCACGCUCUAUUGAGCUUCAACGGCGCGAGGCACUCUAUAAUCAUAUUUCAGCUGUUCAGAGGAGGGUGGAUAUUCUCAGAUCAGAACUUAAUCAAAUGGAAACUGUGAAGGACCAUGGAGAUGAAGAGUUGUAUGCAAAACUUGAUUCAACAUACUCUACUGAAGACGAAGAUGAUGUGGAGGAGGGUGACGAUGCUUACCUUGAAACAUAUAGCAGUGUUCACAAUGAAGAGGACGAUGACUAUGACUAUAAUGAUGAAGAUGACGAGGGUGAUGAUGAUGACUGGGACUAUAAUGAUGAAGAUGAAGGUAAUAGGAUUGCCGAUGACUAACAAUCCUGGAGAUCAGGUUCUAAUGUGUCAAAACCGUACGCCUUUGUGGAGCCGAAUACAGACUAUGCAAGAACCCAUGAAGUCAACAACAGCAGUUUCGGUGACUUGGAGUAGUGAUUCGGUUAAAACUUGUAAAAUUUUUCUAAAAACCCUACAUAUAAAUGAACGGGGUAGAAUCUGACGAGUUCUAAAGUGUUUUAUCUGUAGAACUCACUUUGAUGUACAAAAAUAACAGAAGUUAAAUCUAUAUGACUAUGAAGAACAUAUUCUCGAAAA